AUGGCGUCCGAAAUAUCAACGAACAUUUGCCCCCAACCACCGAAAGCUCCGCCAUCGCCGGCGAGAACGCUGAACUUUUCAAUAGCAAAAAUCAUGGAGCCGGACAAUAAGACGAGAAAAACAUCGGAUCAGGACAUCGAGAAAGACAACAACGUUCUCAAUUUAUCGCACAGCUCAGCCUUCGAAUCAGCCUUCAAGAAAUACGUUCCGAAUGUCCUCAGAUCGCCCGACCUCCUGCACAAUUACCCGUUAGUCUACUACCAUCCCAGCCAGCUCAUGUUGGGCUCCGUUUCCGUGUACACAUCAUCGGGCCAGGACCCCGCGGGCCCCAUAAGCAGCGGCUCGGCUGUCAACCCGCUGGCGUUGCACUUCAACCAAGCCAAAGCGAGCCCCGCCAAGGCGCAGCCGAAGACCAGCAGCUCGUCGAGCGGCAGCUCCCCCAACAUCCUGACGCCCAAGCAGAAGAGCUUCGAAUGCGGCGAGUGCGGCAAAGUGUUCAACGCCCAUUACAAUCUCACGAGGCACAUGCCCGUGCACACGGGGGCGCGGCCGUUCGUGUGCAAGAUAUGCGGAAAGGGUUUCAGGCAGGCUUCGACUCUGUGCAGACACAAAAUCAUCCACACGUCGGAGAAGCCCCACAAAUGCCAUACCUGCGGAAAGGCGUUCAACAGAUCGUCGACGUUGAACACCCACGCGCGUAUCCACGCGGGGUACAAGCCGUUCGUGUGCGAGUUCUGCGGAAAGGGGUUCCACCAGAAAGGGAACUACAAGAACCACAAGCUGACGCACAGCGGCGAGAAGGCCUACAAGUGCACGGUGUGCUCGAAGGCGUUCCACCAGAUUUACAACCUGACGUUCCACAUGCACACGCACAACGACAAGAAACCGUUCACUUGCAGGGUGUGCGGCAAAGGGUUCUGUCGAAAUUUCGAUUUGAAGAAGCACAUGAGGAAGCUCCACGAGAACAACGGCAACUGCAUGGAGUCGGAUUAUUUGUCCGGCGGUUCGCAGGGCGCCACUACUCCCGGAUACUCGGGCGAUAGGAACAUUCACCAUUUCAUUAGUCCGUUUAUUCGUCCACCGAUGACCGUUCCGGUGUACUCGUCUAAGUUGUUGUGA